UUCGAGUUCCAGGCGUGGCUGUUUAAGGUGGAUGUUCUCCAGUUCGCCUUCAGUGGGUUUGAACAUCCAGAUAGAGGAGAGGCUGUCUAACCUUUCUGGUGGAUCUAUCAAAUGUAAGUUAGCCAGAGAUAACACGUACAGGACCAGAUUACAGCACUGUCUGUAGUAUCUAUCACUCUCCCAACCAAGUGCUUUAGCAGCAGCAUCAAGCUCCUUCACUGUCUCUGGACCUGCUGCCUGUGAGAUCAUAGAGACCCUAUAAUAAGGCAGAUUAGGUGAAAUGGGCCUCUCUAUCUCUGUGAAACAGGAGGCCCUCUGUAACCUUCAGCAUUAAUCUGUCACGAUCAUUUGAAACCAAACUCACCACACACCAUCUCUCGGGAUCAAAGCGCUGGAAUAAAGGGUCGCUCUGUAUCAAGGUGGUUGCUGCUGCUUCUUCUCUGCACAGACCCUGUAUAACCCCUCGAUGCUUUUCCUUAACGGCAGAGUAAUUCUCCAGGUUUUAGUCACUGGGGGUCAGAGGCAGUUUGACUGAAUAGGACUGGAAAUCCCAUCUCUGUCCUUGUGCCUCUGAUCCACAACCAAAACUAACUCAACCGUCAGCAGAGGGAAUAUCUCUCCGACAGGCGGGACAAACUAAUGCGACCCUCCUGGAAAUCCAGUUAUCUCUCUGAAAGCUGGGGGAGACUGGAGGAGGAGAGAGGAGACACAGAAAUGACUGGAUCUUUGUUUUCUAGUUAUGUCACUGCUCACAACUCCCCAAGCAUCAUUGGCUCUGGCACUGCUCGCCCAUAUGUGAAACCAUCGUCACGCUGCAUGACUUCUGAGGUCGAGUGUUUCUGAUCGAAUUUGACACCCAGUUAUUCCGUCUCCUUAACUUCUCCAGGGCACACUGGCCGUAGGAAAAGAAGAAAAAAAAAGACGGUUUCUACUUCUGUUGACAGUUUAAAAAUGAAAUGUUAAUUAGUUGACACUCUAUAUCAAUCUUUUCCUGUCAUUAAAAAAAAACACAUUCGGCUCUUAUGCCAACAGAGAUUUUUACACCUUGCAUGGAUUGUUUCAUCACUCAUCGCUGCUUAAUGGUCUGUUUCCCCUUCUUGGCAGCAACAGAGCAGGCAGCUGUGCUUUCUUCUCUUCUGCUGAAGGUAAGGGUGGAAGAGAGAGGCCAGAUUUUUACUGAAUUACUCCUAAUGAGCCAGAAAUUGGAAUAGCAUGCCAGAAAAAGAUGAAAGCUCAACAUCCUCUUGAUGAGAUUCAGUGAAAAGGCAGAAACAGAAUUCUACCAAACACAUUUCCUGAAAUAUAGGACACAUCAAACAAGCUUUUAUUGCUUCCCAUUUAUGAAAAAUAUCUCAUUCUAACAAGGGUCUGGGGAUUUGAUUAAUAAAAGGCAAUUUUAGGGGAGUUGGUUGUAACAGGUUUACUGAGUUUUUGAGCUACAGAUCUCAGACUUAAAUAUAAAGUACCCAAUUCACUUCAGACCUCAGUCGGAAUAUAGACCCUCUGAGUUAAUGUCCACUGUUUCUUUGUUAUAACCUGCUUGUCCAGAGGGGUAAGUACUUACAAUAGAUAUGGCUGGCGUUGUCAUAGUAGGUUCUUGUUAAUGUAGUUUUCCUGGUUUUGUAAUUAAGUUUAAUUACCUGUGUAUUUCCCUCGUGUUUCUAUACUCGAUUGUUCCUGUUUCCCUGUUAAUUAUUCUUAUGUUCCUGUUGUUAAUGUGUUUUUCACAGUGUGUUUUUUGUUGGUUCAGUUUUCAGAGUUCCCUGUUUUAUUUUGCAGCAGUAAACGAAAGUUGACAGGCGUGUUUUAGCGUAAAACUGACAUGGCAUUUUCCAUAGAUGAGUUUGAUACCAGCCCUUCUUGGGAGAAAAUUAACAAAUGCACAAAAGCUAAAUUUGGUCAUGGACAUCAUAAAAUGGGGUCGUUAUAUUCAAGUAUUGUUUAUUGUAUCGUGUGUUUCUCUCUGGCCUGGCUGUGUCUGGUCUGGUCUAUGUGUAGCGUGCGUCGCCUGUUUUGUAUGUAAAUUAAGUGUACCAUCUAAUGCCCCUGAAUGGCUGCUCUGACAGCCAAUUGGGGGCUCGUCCUCACAGUAGGCUACUUUUUGUGUCUUGAUAUUUCUUGGCUGGUAGUUUUUUCUUGCCGUGGGGAGGUACUUGUGUCGCGCAUAGCUAUCAAGCUGUUAAGUAUCCUAUUUUGGCUGUGAAACUACCGUAUUUUACCCCUCGUUCCCGAUGUCUUUCCAUAUUAGUAUUGUCCCGUAAAUCUUCUGUAUUAUAGAGUAUGUAUAGCCUAUAAAAAAAAAACAUUAUUCUGCCUCUCCAAACUGAACUCUGUCACGAGCACUUCCAUGUGGGGAAAGAAACACAGUCUACAAGAACAGGUGAAUAUUUAGCUCCAGUGCUAAUGCUUACAAGAUGACAAGUCCUACAUUGAGUCACAGCUGUCAACUGACAAAAAACAACACAUUAAUAAACAAAACAAAAUAUGAUCCAAAGUGUGACAGGAAGAUCCCUUCUGUUACCAUGCUGAAGCACUGGGUAAGGAGCAAUAAUACUGUAUAUUUAGACUGAUAUAAUGUUCAGAAUUAUCAUAAUGCUUUUGAUAUUCUUGAAUUCCAGGAUCCUGAUUAAUUAUUUACAGUCAAUCAAACUUUAUUUAUAUGAACAAGUGUUAUCUUGAGAUGCUUUAUAAAAAGGCUGGUCUAUACCAGCUCUGUUUACUCUAUUUACAAAGACCUGAUAUAAAGAUAGGAUAAGAUUGAGCCACAUCUUGCAAGAUCAGACCCACUUUAAUCCCCCCCUUCAACCUAAUGAGUGUAGAAGUAGAAGUUUGCAGCAUUUAGCAAGUUACAGUGGAGAGGAAAACCUCCCUGGAGACUGAUGCACAUAGUUAAAGCAGCUGGAGAGCAGGCAGGUCCACAGCAGCAGGAUGAUCCAGAGGAACCUCUGGUAUGAGGGAGCUCAGGGACUCCCAGAGCAGACUGUGGUUAGUGACUUUAAUGGGACAUUAUUUCAUAGUCAACAGAAACUAAAGAAGGGGAGAAAGGUGGUCAGUGUGCAAGACUCCCCUGGCAUCCUGAACCUACAGCAGCAUAACUAAGAGCUGCCCAAACCUGAACCAGCCCUAACUAUAAGCCUUAAAGAAGAAAGUUUUGGGCCUGCUCUUAAAUAUGGAGAUGAUGUCUGCCCCCUGAGUCUUAAGUGGUAGAUGAUUCCAGGGGAGGGGGGCCUGAUUACUUAAAGCUCUACCACCCAGACCACUUUUAAAGACUGACCCAACAGACAUACACUUUGGAUUAUGAAUCCUGAAGAUGACCGUGCCAACUUGUGACCCUCCAAAACAUGAACCAUAUGUGAUGCUUUCUGGGGUGGACGUGAGUAAAUGAGUCUGUGUGAAUGAGAACAUAAUGAAUGCAGAAUGAAUAUUGAAUGAAUAUUUUCAUAUAACUCCAUGGCUGUCUGAGAAACUAUAUUUUUUAAUUGUUAUUGAAUUCUGUGGGCUGCCUGACAGGCGUGCUCAUUUAUCCGCCAUAGUUUCAGAAUAAAAAUAUGCAUUCUUGAGGUUGUAUGACCUAUGGAAGACAUAUUUAUAUUAAACAUACACUAACCAGCAAGCUGUUGAGCUGUUCUGUUUGUGUUUGUUGUAGGUAUUAUGCUAGUAAGCUAGCAUGCUAAUUUUAACACAUUCAUGGGCUGAAUUAAAAAUGGAUAUCAUGAUAGCUCCAGAAAAUUGAGGCCAAAAAUUUGCAAAGCUCUAUUGAAUGGGUGGCAGCAGUGAAAGUAUUAAGGCUUUCCAAAGUUUGCAUGAAAUGUUUCUGUAACACUGAAUCUGUCGUUGCAUAUCGCUUUUCUUUUAAGACCUCAUCAAAGGAUUCUGAACACCUUUGUCAGACUUUCUUUCUCACUGACAGGCUCUCUGAAAAAGGACUUAGACAGUAAAAUGUAGUCAGUGCUAUAUUAGACGUGUUACAGUCCAACCCAACCGUCUGCUAAUAUUUACAGCUGUCUGUUAAACAGCGAAGAAAAAUGCACUACAUUUCCCCAAGGAAAUUAUGUGUUAUCUGCAAUAGCCUAAACAAAAUAUAGUUUUAGUUAAAAAGAAUCACGAUUUAACCUCAGAAUAACUUUUUACAUUUUAGAAACUAGACGCCCCUGUUUACAGUCUUGUGCAUUCCUAUGUGGAGUCAGGAAGAAGCACAAACACUGAAAUGUUGAUGUGGCUUCUAUGUUACUCCUGAUUUAGUAAUGGUAAUGUCACAACUGACCCCUACCCCACUUACUAUUUCUUACAAAAUUUCUCAAAAAAAUAGUCAGUGUUUCCUCACAAAUGUUAUGUAAGGGCGGAAGUAAUGCCUGCACCCUCUGAAAGUGUCACUUUUUCUAAGUUGCUUUGGCUGAGUUCUCAAAUAAGACAUAAAAAAAACAAUUUGUUGGUUCCUUGUAUUAAAAAGUGUUCUUCAAUUAACUCUGCAAAAUGUGUUACGUGGUGUGCUGCAUAAAUCAACAUUUUAGGGAAAUGCACCUUCAGAGCUGAAUCAUGUAAACGUGUGCAGAAAGACACCAAAGUCUUUCUAUGAGAUCUGAAAGGAUGAUAAAUGGCUUAGUAAAAUACAUGUAAAGCAUGAAAGACAUACAAAUAAGCCUUUUGCUCAUGUACGAGAUUAAAGGGGAUUACAGGAAAGAGAUGAAAAAAAACUGCUAAGAUCAUUUCAUGAGUGCGUUGGUGAAUUGAAAAACUAUAGAAAAGAAAAAAUGGUUAUUAGAUAAUAGAUCAUGUGUGGAGAAGGUUUGGUGGUCCAUCCCAGCAGACAUCCCUGACCUGCAGAAAAAACCUCAAAGGCAGUGGGGAUGUUACACUUUAUGGGAGAUAAAUCCAGCUCGUGCAGUCAGAUAAAUGGCACUGGAAAACAAAACAGGUCUCUCUCUUUUUAUAGGGACAGACUGUCCAGAAGAUGUUUCAUGGACCCCUGAGACAGGCAGUGAAAAAGAUUCCUUUAUGAGGAGGAGAAGUAGUCUCCCACAUACAUUAGAGCAUGGGAACUGUGCUCUACAAAGCCUUUUCCUUCUUUCCAUAUUUCAGGUUCCUGAAGGCAAAAAAACAAAUAAACACAAAAGCUUCCCCCUUGUGAGGAAAUGCAUCAACAUCACCUGGAGGAGGAGGUAUUGCUUUUUAAAUAGUUGCUUCCAUUUUAUUUUCUGACAACGUAAUCUCAAGCAUGUCUUUUAGUUGCGAACAAAAAAAUAAAUCAUGUCAUUCACCAGAAGUAAGGAGGUGCCAGGUAAUAUUUAGACAAAACAACUCCUCUGCAGAGCUCUUUUUUGGCUUUAUACUUCAUGCACAUAGCUGCUGCUUGAAUCUGACAGCAGCUUUGAUUUAGUUCUGCAUCAUGCAUUGAGGAGCAUUCAUUUCUCCACACCUGGGAAACCCAUUGACAGGGCUGUAACCGACUAAUAGUUCCAUGUACAUUUCCAGAUGUGGAAUUCACUCAGAGACCUGUGAUCAACCUGUCUGACACAUGCCAAAGCAAAGUAUGAAGCAAAAGAAAAGUCAUACUUAAAAAGGAUGAGCAGCAGAUAUCUUAUUAGGAGCCCAAAAAUCACUCUUAAGCCUCAGUGUUCACCUCUGUGUUGAUUUAGAGCACGUUUUCCAACUCGGUGCACUGUAAAAUCUACAACAGGUGCCAAGCGACUUGAAUAAAAGUGUCUGUGUGUCCCAUCCUGCAGGGAGAGUGACAGUGUGCAGAGGCGGAUGAGCUCAUGUGUGGGCGUUCAUGUUAAGACAGUGCAAUGGAGUAAAUGAGAUAAUCAGGGUUUACAGAUCUGGGUGGCAGUAGUGACGCAGGGCUUUACACCUGCAAAUGGAACAGCCAAGACAGCUGCCACACCCUGAUUGCUCUGUUUCACCAGACUCCCUGACCCCCUCACAUACUGUCUGAAUCAGGGACUGUCUGCAAAUAAAUCCGUCUUCUUAGGGAAACCUGGAGCUGGAAAGAAAAGCAAUGAUUCCGACAGAGGAGUCAACAGGAAAAACACUCUAAUCACUGCAUAUCUGCUCAGAGGUGCAUUAACAUUAACAUAUGCGGGAAGUGUUUGCAUCCACGGUGACAUCCACACAUGCGGUCAGGACCUCAGGGUUACCUCUUAGUAAGCCCAGAGACCCUGACCUACAGGAUUUACAGUCUGGGGGUAACAGGCUUAUGGGAUCAAAUAGAAAAUAUUUCCUGUCUGUUUUAAACAGCAAAAGCCUCCUCCCCGUCACGGCUAUUUCAGGUGGCUCAAUGUAUAUCACAGAGCUUAACUGUGACUCUUGAGAAGAAACUGUCUCUGUGAGGUGAAGCAACCCACAGAGGGCGACAUGGCAGCGUCGAGUGAGCUUUACACACAGCUCAGCACCAGUUGAAUCACGCAGGGGAAAAAGAUACCACUCGAUUUCCUUCUUAUUUAUGAAUAUCUUAUUAUUAGUUUUAUAAUGAUGGUGCAUUUCUUGUGCGUUCUGCAAGAGUUCAGACGAAGGCAUUGACAAUUUAACACCGAUGACCAAUCAGAGAAUCUCUUUUCACAUAUAAGAAAACCACAGGGUUUCGGAUUAAAAGCUUUAAAAACUCAAUAAAGGGCGGCUGUGGAGCUGCUUCAUAAUGUAAAGCCCUACAAUGCGAUCAUGUUGUGUAGGUUUGCAGUGAGCUUCAGUCUGUCAGAGGGGGGCGGGGUAAAGUACAGCUGACAUCCUCAGACUACAGAGCUCACAGUUGCAGUAGGACGCAUCGUGCCAAGUGGGCAAGUAACGGUUAACUCCUGCACAAGUGAGAAAAAUACGCUCCACUUAACAGAGUUAGGGUAAGCAAACUGGAUUUCCUGAGCGCAUUCAACUUGCAUUAUUUGGAUGAAUUGUUGACAGUAAGGGAAGAAAUAAAAAAAAUGUAGAAGCUGUGCGUAAAAAUCCACAAGAUUCCACUGGGGGCUUGCUCGUCGCAGGGAGGAUCGUGCCAGACUUGAGGAGAAGCUUAUUCAUGCAAAUUCAUAAAAUCAUAGGCGUGCCUUUGGGCGAUGGAGUCACAGCCGGAAAAGCAAACCCCCUCCUGGAUCAUCAGCGACCUUCAAAGACUGUGAUGCGUAGCGCACGGACGCAUUGACGGCGGCACCGGAGCAAAUGUUUCUAAAGCGCAGAGAGACAGAGGAGAAAGUUAUCGCUUGAUUUCUGCACGCUACUGUUGACUGGAUGCACUUUCUGCAAAACGCAAACACCAGCAAGACUCCUGCGCCUCUGGACCUCCAGACUUCUUGCGUUUCACUUUUAACGCACGACCGAAAUCGUUACUAUCUGCCUCGGGUCCUUUUUUAACUUCGUUUUUUCAUGUUUUUAAAAAAAUUGGACGACUACAAUUACCUAAUAUCCCGAUUUGGAAGAGGUUAAAGACACCCUUAAUUUCAGCAUUCGUGCGUAAACGUGUUUCUCUUUUUGAGGUUUUUUUUAAAUUUAUUUAUUUUUAUUUAAAUCCUCGAGGACUUUCACUUUUCAACAUGUCAGAGGACGACAGCAGCUCCACCACCAGCUCUAUGUCUGACACAGAAAGCAGCAACAUUAGCGUCCUCAGCUGGGAGCAAGUGCAGAGGCUGGAUGCCAUCCUGACUGAGACGAUCCCGAUCCACGGCCGCGGUAACUUCCCCACUUUGGAGAUGCAACCGCGGCAGAUCGUAAAAGUGGUUCGGAGCCGGAUGGAGGAAAAACAGAUCCACGUCCGGGACGUUCGGUUAAACGGCUCAGCAGCCAGCCACAUACUGCACGGGGACAGCGGACUGGGCUUUAAGGACCUUGACCUCAUAUUUUGCGCUGACAUGAAAGGUGAAAGUGAUUUCCAGACUGUGAAGGACAUAGUUUUGGACUGUCUCCUGGAUUUUUUACCCGACUGUGUGAAUAAAGAGAAAAUAACCCCGUUAACGUUAAAGGUACAUCUACUCUAACAACUUUGUGCUGUUCUGUUCUGUUUUUUUCAUGCUUCUCUUGUUUACUUUUGAAAAUGUGAAAAGAUUUAAUUGCAUUUGUGCCAAUUUGGCUUACUGACCAGUUCCCACAGCUUAAUGUGCUGUUAGAUUAGUUCAGUGAUAGUAAAAUGUUGGUUUUCUGUGGUUAAGAGGAUUAAAUUAAACCAAUUUGAAAAGAAUCCUGAGCUCAGCCACCUAGAUCCCAUAUCCAAGUACAUCUGAUAUUGGGGUCAAUACUAAUAAUAACUCUAGAAUAAUAUGAGACAGACUUCCUCUUGCUCCUUAUUCAUGCAAAAAAGAAAAGAAGAAAAAAAACCUGCUCAGUUAGAAGUAGUCCCCAAAUCUGGUGCACAUAGCUCUGCUUGUAAAUUGGUUGUUAUUUCAAUGCUUUCUACUCAACAUUCAUGCUCCUUUUUUCUUCUUUCUCUCUCUCCCUGACAUGCACACAGGAGGCUUAUGUGCAAAAGAUGGUGAAGGUGUGCAAUGACUCAGACCGCUGGAGCCUCAUCUCCCUCUCCAACAACCGGGGAAAGAAUGUGGAGCUGAAGUUUGUGGACUCUCUCAGGCGGCAGUUUGAGUUCAGCGUGGAUUCCUUUCAGAUCAAACUGGACUCCCUGCUGCUGUUCUAUGAGUGCUCAGAAAACCCGAUGGCUGAGACCUUCCACCCCACCAUCAUGGGCGAGAGUGUUUACGGAGACUUCAGUGAGGCCCUGGACCACCUACGUCACAAGAUCAUCUGCACCCGCAACCCAGAGGAGAUCCGAGGAGGGGGGCUGCUGAAGUACUGUCACCUGCUGGUGAGGGGGUUCAGGGCCGCCUCCGAGUCAGAAAUGAAGUCCCUGCAGCGCUACAUGUGCUCACGCUUCUUCAUUGACUUUCCUGACAUUGGUGAGCAGCAGCGCAAGCUGGAAUCCUACCUGCAGAACCACUUUGUGGGCCUGGAGGACCGCAAGUAUGACUACCUGAUGACCCUCCAUGGAGUGGUCAACGAGAGUACGGUGUGCCUGAUGGGACACGAAAGACGGCAGACCUUGGGGCUCAUAGCCAUGCUGGCAGUGCGCGUUCUUGCUGAACAGAACAUCAUUCCCAACGUGGCUAAUGUUACUUGUUACUACCAACCUGCUCCUUAUGUGGCAGACGGAAACUUCAGUAACUACUACAUAGCACAGGUUCAGCCGGUGUUUGCCUGCCAGCAGCCUGCAUACUCCACCUGGCUGCCCUGUAACUGAGUCAGCCCCGAGCAGAGGCGGAGGAGGGAGUCUGAUUUGUUUAAACAGGAGUGAGCGGCACAGUUGCCGCCUCAAACCUGCCUGCUGUUUGACAGCUGACGCAAAGCUUGUGUUUUUGUUCAUAUGUUUGAUAUGAACACUUGGCUUUCACUUCAAGUAUUUCAAUGUGAAUAUCUCACAUUUGUUGAAAUGCCAGCAUCUCCUGAUCCUGUCCAGGCCAGCCAGCUGUGAUACAGACUCACAAAGGCUACAUGCAAAUGUGCAGCGUCUUGAAUGCAAGUGGCUGAUCUGUUAUCAUACCUGCACGAGACUGAUUGAAUCUGUCAAGAAUUGGUGAGGCAGCACAUUCCAGCAGUAGACCAAACAGCUGCAUCGGUUCAAGCUGACAGAUACACCACACAAACACACACAGACACACACACACAAACACACACUAUUGGAAUAAAAGGUGAGUGCAGGCUCUAAUCUGAACACCUAAGACUUGAUGUCAGCUGAACUGAGGCGAGAUCUUUUAAAGCAGUUUGGAUAUCAAACUUGCGUCUCUGCCUUGCAUUUGGAUAAAAUUAUGGUUGUUUACAGACCAAAGAUUUUCUUUUGAUUGUUUCUAACAUAACCACCCAGUUUUGGUGGGGGAGAUAAACAAAAAUAUGAAGCUAUGUCUAUUUGUAUAUGUGAACAUGUUUGUGUUUUUAAGUGCCUAUCGCCUCUCAAACGGGCAGCAAAACGAAUGAGCAGGCCAUAUGAUUUGUGUGAAUUAGCUCCACUCUGUUUAUUCUGUUCAUGACAACAGCACCCCAGAGGCUUGUGAAUGUAUAUGUGAAAUCAUGCACAUGUCAGUGUUUGUAUACAUUUGGAUAGAAAAGAGCACCAUGCGCCGGUUUGAGUUUUGCAUUAAGGUAGCUUUCAAAGUUGCUGUUUCACAAAAUCUGAAUCAUUGAGUGUGGAAAAAAAACACACAUCACAAAACUGUAUCGCUUUUGAUUCAUGCUUUUUUUUUUUUUUUUUUUGCAUAUUUGCUGUAAGAAAGGAUGACAAGCAUUUUUAGAUCAUUUGCAACUAUGAAAACUGUCACUCAAACCAUUUCCUGUAUAUUUUGUAAAGUGGUGCUUUUUUCUUUUCCUCAUCUGUAAGAUCACAAGAAGUGUAUAAGAGACAGAGUGAGGACAGGCAGCAUGAAAGAGCUGGUGUGUGUGUGUUUCCUCAUACAGUGAAAGGGUAUUUACAGAGACACCUCAUAUGAUGAGACACUUAUUUGCUGUAGCACCCUGGCAGGGAAUUCCUCAGCUGCUGCUGAAGAGCUUGGACUUAGCUGGGGUUGGGUGUGCAGACGCUCUGUUCAAGACUCAGAAAUGUUGUGCCAAACAUUGCGGUGGCCCUGCUGGUAGCUUGAAAAGUUGAAUAACGCAAUUUGUUAUCAAGAUGUUAAAGUUGCAGAAGACAAGAAGCAGACAAUAGAGGAAGAAAAAGGGAGAAGAGGAAGCAUAAAUGUAGUGGUGUAAAGAGCAGAAGGGGAGAGUGAGUCAGUCUGGAGAGAUGGGUGCAGCUGGUGAUGGGGUUUAUCUCUCGGGGGCCACCAUGCUUUACUAUUUUAACUGUCUCUGUGAAGCUCAAUUUAUAACUCAAUAGACGGUGCUGCAGCUCUCCCCUUCUUUCAGGGGGACCCAAACAUUGUGUUGACUUUCUGUUUUAAUCAUCUGGUUGUAUGAAAGAGUGGAAACUAAAGAAGAAAUGCAUUCACACAAGCUUCAGGAGAGGAGCAGCUAAGGUUUCAUUUGUGAGGUCUCUAAUCGAAGCUUGUUACAGUAAUGCUUCAUUUCAGAUCAGAACAGUGUAUAUAUAUGAUAACAUGCUUUAGCUUUGCAAACUAACUUACUUCUUGCAAAAUUUAGUGCAGCCUUAAGGACAUUAUGAUUUAAAGCGUAACAGGAACGUAAAGGCCAGAAAACCAGCAUCAACUAUCAACAGCCUGCUUGAAAAUGAAACUUCUUGCUGAAAAAUAUCGUUUCUUUCUCACUGUCUCGCUCUCGCAUCAGUUUAAUUAUCCAUCACUGCUCUGUUCAGUUGUUUUUUUUUCUUCUCAGUGUAAGUCUAUCUUGAUGGUAUCCUUUGGAUUGUGCAGGAAAUGUGUUGUCAUUUUAUACUCAGUGACGUCCUAACAGCUGACUAGCUAGCUGCAGUCUGCCUGUCAGUUAGUGAUUGUGCCUAUCAGUUAGAGAUUGUGGGUUACUGCAUUGUUACGUAUGCAUCGUCUUGAGUAUCCGUCUCUGUCCAUGCAGUCUUUUACAAAUCACACUUUGAAAAAGGAAGAAAAAGAUCCUUGUCUUGUAUGUAUAUUUUUUAUGAUUGUUAUUUUUAUAAAUGUAUCACACACUGCAGGUGUUGCAGUGCUUUGAAUCUGUGAUUGGGCUUCAGAGGAUAUGUUCUCAAUAGCUUUUUUGCUAUAUAAUGUUAUGUGUCCAAUGGGUCAAAAGGUUAAAGAUGUUUUCAUCAAUAAAAAUCUGAAAAUCAGAUUUGUAAUGUCUCUUGUUGUUAAUCUGUCUGAGUUUAAAUCAAAUUUACUGCUCUGAGUCAGUCCAAACUGAAACCUACUGCCAAACAUGAGAAAAUGCUUACUUGUUGACUCACUUCAGGUUCUUUCUUCUCCCCCAAAAUGUGUCUCUCUCUUCACCAAUAAUAGCGAUUCAGUGGCUUUCACAUGGUUCCCCCUCUAACUCACUCAGUGAGGCAAAUCCCUGUCAUGGCCUGCCGGGCCCAACAGGCCCAGCCAGAAACCCAUCCAGAACUGGCCUGUAGCUGCCAGAGAGAGCUGUUGUUGAAUGUGAGGGGAUUUGCAUCCACCCAAAAAAGAGACUUCAAUGCUUUUGUAGAAUGAAUAUCUUUGCCUGCUCAUCAAAUUCUCUGUGUUAACAUCCUCCCCUGCUAAAUACAACCACAGAAAUGCAAUGACGACCAGUGCUAAGGCCUGCGGAGAGCAGGGUCCAACUGUCUCAU